UUGUGGCAUGCGUGAGGCGGCGGCUGGGCACCGCCAUUUUGGCCGGUGGCCGCAAGGAACACGCUGUGUGGCUGAGAAGUGAAAACCAAGCGCUGACUUGAUCUCUGCGUUCCCCUCCGCAAGGGGAAUCUGUUUCUCCAGAGGAACUGGAUAUUCUUACUUCCUUAGAAUCAUGGCAGAUAAAUUAACAAGAAUUGCUAUUGUCAACCAUGACAAAUGUAAGCCUAAGAAAUGUCGGCAGGAGUGCAAGAAGAGUUGCCCUGUGGUUCGGAUGGGAAAAUUAUGCAUAGAGGUUACCCCCCAGAGCAAAAUAGCCUGGAUUUCUGAAACUCUUUGUAUUGGCUGUGGUAUUUGUAUUAAAAAAUGCCCCUUUGGCGCCUUAUCAAUUGUCAACUUACCAAGCAACUUGGAAAAAGAAACAACACACCGAUAUUGUGCCAAUGCCUUCAAACUUCACAGGUUGCCUAUUCCUCGUCCGGGUGAAGUUUUGGGAUUAGUUGGAACUAAUGGUAUUGGAAAGUCAACUGCUUUAAAAAUUUUAGCAGGAAAGCAAAAGCCAAACCUUGGGAAAUAUGAUGAUCCACCUGAUUGGCAAGAAAUUCUGACUUACUUCCGUGGAUCUGAAUUGCAAAAUUACUUUACCAAGAUUCUUGAAGAUGACCUAAAAGCCAUUAUCAAACCUCAGUACGUAGACCAGAUUCCCAAGGCUGCAAAGGGGACAGUGGGGUCUAUUUUGGACCGAAAAGAUGAAACAAAGACACAAGCAAUUGUAUGUCAGCAGCUUGAUUUAACCCAUCUGAAAGAACGCAAUGUUGAAGAUCUUUCAGGAGGAGAGUUGCAGAGAUUUGCCUGUGCUGUCGUUUGCAUACAGAAAGCUGAUAUUUUCAUGUUUGAUGAACCUUCUAGUUACCUAGAUGUCAAGCAGCGUUUAAAGGCUGCUAUUACUAUACGAUCUCUAAUAAAUCCAGACAGAUAUAUCAUUGUGGUGGAGCAUGAUCUAAGUGUAUUAGACUAUCUCUCUGACUUCAUCUGCUGUUUAUAUGGCGUACCAAGUGCUUAUGGUGUUGUCACUAUGCCUUUUAGUGUAAGAGAAGGCAUAAACAUUUUUUUGGAUGGCUACGUUCCAACAGAAAACUUGAGAUUCAGAGAUGCAUCACUUGUUUUUAAAGUGGCUGAGACAGCAAAUGAAGAAGAAGUUAAAAAGAUGUGUAUGUAUAAAUACCCUGGAAUGAAGAAAAAGAUGGGAGAGUUUGAGUUAGCGAUUGUAGCUGGAGAGUUUACAGAUUCUGAAAUCAUGGUGAUGUUGGGGGAAAAUGGUACUGGUAAAACGACAUUUAUCAGAAUGCUUGCUGGAAGGCUUAAACCUGAUGAAGGAGGGGAAGUUCCAGUUCUAAAUGUCAGUUAUAAGCCACAGAAAAUCAGUCCCAAAUCAACCGGAAGUGUUCGCCAGCUACUGCAUGAAAAGAUCAGAGAUGCUUACACUCAUCCACAGUUUGUGACUGAUGUAAUGAAGCCUCUGCAAAUUGAAAACAUCAUCGAUCAAGAGGUGCAGACAUUAUCUGGUGGUGAACUGCAGCGAGUAGCAUUAGCUCUUUGUUUGGGCAAACCUGCUGAUGUCUAUUUAAUUGAUGAACCAUCUGCAUAUUUGGAUUCCGAGCAAAGAUUGAUGGCUGCUCGAGUUGUCAAACGUUUCAUACUCCAUGCUAAGAAGACAGCCUUUGUUGUGGAACAUGACUUCAUCAUGGCCACCUAUCUAGCAGAUCGAGUCAUUGUUUUUGAUGGUGUUCCAUCCAAGAACACAGUUGCAAACAGUCCUCAAACCCUUUUGGCUGGCAUGAAUAAAUUUUUGUCUCAGCUUGAAAUUACAUUCAGAAGAGACCCAAACAACUAUAGGCCAAGAAUAAACAAACUCAAUUCAAUUAAGGAUGUAGAACAAAAGAAGAGUGGAAACUACUUUUUCUUGGAUGAUUAAAGUGAAUCUGAGAAUAUUGAUAAGCCAUUUAUAAAGAGAAACAUUUAUUGGAAUUUUUGUCAUAUAAAAUUUAAAUCAGGUUUUAUACACCACAUGCUCUAGAGCUUGAAGUAUAAUUUACUUACUGUAACAUCAAAAGCCAGUUGUGUUGUAAAUGGUAGUCUGAAUACAGAAAAUGUCACUUUUCUGAUUUUGAUGGUAGAACCCUUUUUGUGCAUAACAUUGUAAAAUGAAGACAUUUCAAGCAUACAAAUUACCUCCAGGUUUCCAUAAUGUAUAGAAAGAUUUUCAGUAGGUUUACUAUAUAUUCAUGUACUAAAUGCUGAGCAGUGUUGCCCCUUUUAAAAAUCUUGAAAAAGGUUUCUGCACUUACAUGGUUUGCCAAAUAUGCCAUUAUAAUGAUACUGCCCUUAUUUUAAAAUCCAGUUGAUGACUUCACUGAUUAAAUUUGAUAAAUAAACAUCAGGAUUAUAUUUAUUUGUUUUCAGUCUUUGCAUUAAAUUGUCAGUAUGUUUAGACUUUCAAAGGAAGAUUACUGCAGAACACCACUGCUGGAAACAAACUAUUACCAACUUUAGCAUUGUUUACAAUGUUUUUGGUGCUUAUAAAUAUCUUGAGCAAAAAAAAAAUCAUUUCAACACACCUUCCUCUUCCCCACCCAAAAAAAAAAAAACCUAACUUGAUUCUGAAUUAGAUGUACCAUUCCAUAAGAUUCUAUAUUCUGUAAUUAUUCUCAAGGUAAUGUCAUUCUUUAAACAUACCUUUGUGUAAUCACCGAUGAAGAUUUAGGAAAAAGUAUUUUAAAGAAUGUCUGUUUCCCUUAAAAGUACAGUACAGGCUCAAAAUCUUUAUAGAGUUGGUCCCUAAGCAUCUAUGUGUUUUUAAACUUCCACAGAUUUCUGAUGGGCAACCAAGGACUGUGAGCCACUCUCCUAAAGGCAACAAUACCACCAAGGAGUCCCCAGUCCCCAGUUAGCAAUACAAAAUAUCCCUUGGUACCAAAUAUAUUUAUUUCUGGGUUUUGAAUAUAGAAGAUACUAUCUAAAUCUGUUUGACUUUUUUUUUUUCUAAAUAGUGUGUAGCGGGAGUUCUAAAAACUGAUCUAGAUUUCUUGAACAGUGGCAUACCUGUAGUGUGAAACCACUUUCAAGUAUACUUCUGCCUAGUGCCCUGAACUGGGACUAACUUAUACUACAAGUGGGAAAGGAGUUUAGGACAUAGAAAAGCUUUUAGAGCUCCCUGUAAACUACAGAAGCUUUAAUUAAUAUGCAAACAGUUGGUGGAAAGUGGUUUAACUAAGACCCAUUAGGCCUUUUAAAAAAUUAAUUUAUGUGAGUAAUCUAUAAUGUUUGUUGUGAAAAUUUCAAAUAUACAGAAAUAAAUGGAAUAAAGAAU